UCCUCUCUCUCUCUUCCCUCACCACAAGAACAAAGACUAACCCUAGAAACUAAAGCUUGAGAGAUCAAAAGGGUUUUCUCUUUUUCUUCUGCUACGAUGACGAGGGGAAAGAUUCAGAUCAAGAGGAUCGAGAACCAGACGAACAGGCAAGUCACAUACUCGAAGCGAAGAAAUGGUCUGUUCAAGAAGGCCCAUGAACUCUCCAUUCUCUGCGACGCUAGGGUUUCCGUCAUCAUGUUCUCUAGCUCCAACAAGCUUCACGAGUACACCAGCCCUAACACCUCAACGAAGGAGAUCAUCGAUAUGUACCAAAAGGCUUCGGGAGUCGACAUCUGGGCCUCUCACUACGAAAGGAUGCAAGAGACCAAGAAGCAACACCUCGAGACCAACAGGAAUCUCAGGAAGCAGAUAAAGCAGAGGCUGGGUGAGUGCUUGGAUGAGCUGGAGAUUAACGAUCUGCGUCGUCUUGAGGAAGAAAUGGAGAACACCACGAACCUCGUUCGCACAAAGAAGUUUAAAUCGAUUGGCAGCCAAAUUGAAAAUACCAAGAAAAAGAACAAAAGUCAAGAAGACAUACAAAAGAAUCUCAUACAUGAACUGGAGCUUAGAGCAGAAGAUCCUCACUAUGGACUGGUCGACAACGGAGGAGAUUAUGAAUCGGUUCUCGGGUACCAUCAGAUAGAAGGAUCUCGGGCAUACGCUCUCCAUUUCCACCAGAACCACCACCACUACCACAACCACUCCUCCCUCCACGACGGAGCCUCCGCCUCCGCCUCCGAUCUCAUAACCUUCCACUUGCUCGAAUGAUCGACAACUUCUCUCUCUCUCUCUCUAUAUAUAUAUAUAUAUAUGUAAGAUCAAUCGUCAAAAUUAUGUGUUUUAUGAGUUAAGGAUUAAGAGUGUGGUUGGUGCCUGUAAUAACAAAGAUAGAAUCUGCCGUGAGAGAGGGUGUGACCUCUUUUGUGUUUGUUGGAGUUGAAAAACCUAGCUUGAUGUUUCAAGAAUCAUAUCAUAUUAUGACUUAAAAUAAUACAUGUAUGUAUGCAUGCUUAAUUAAUGAUUA